CUGCGCACGAGGUGUACGUGACACAGGGGUAUGGCGACGUACAUAGCCAACAGCUCAAUGCUUGUUUACUGUCGCCUCCACUGUCCACUAUUUCUGAAUGCAGAAAGUUGAACCACUUGUUAGGCAGCGCCUUAACUGGUGUGGUUUCAAGUGCAGCAUCCGCUCUGAUUUUUACAGAUCGCUUCCAGUGAGAGGGAUAAACUGAUGGAAGGACACUGUCAUUAGCGCACUGUGUCCAAAGUUAAGAGAUCAAUUUUGCUUUUAACAUUAUUACCUAUUCAGCUAACUUACAAGGACUUGCUAGCCGAAGAGGAGUGGAGUGGACACUGUCAUUUUGAAAGCUAGCUGGCUUGCUAGCUGUCAGGCUGUUCUAAGAGUUGCACGGCAAGUGUGUCUUUCGUCACUUUCUGUUGAUUCAGUAACACAGUAGAAGGGGUUAACGGGAAGUUUACAUUAGGGUUGCCUAAACUGGCCAGCUAUAUAAGUUGCCAUGUUAACGCUGUAGAGGGCAUCUGAGGAUAAGCAAGGUUGUAUAUCAAUGUAACGCUAGUUGUAUUUGGCCAGACAGUUCGCGAGGAAUAAAGCUAACAUCGGCUAGUCGAUGGUGUCAGCUAAGUUACUGUCUAUCUCAAACUUUUCCUCGAGCACUAGUUAGCUACCUACUUAGGGAGCUUGUUAGUGUUGAGAUCAAUCAGGCAGAUUCGAUCAACAAAUGGGGCAUGCACCCGACUUUACAUAUGUUUUGUAGCACCGUCUGAUAUGCUGUGUCAUAGCAUGCGAACUACGUUUGUAAAUAAUAAGUAAGCUAUACCAUUCAGUUAACUUAAGUAGAUGCCAUUUGCGUUACACUUCUUUGUAAUAUUAUCAAACGUUUAUUAGAAUUAUUUGAAGAUAGGAAGCAAUAGUUUAUCUAUUUCAUUGUUUUGGACAGAUUGCGUCAACAACAGACAGCAUGAUUUUGUUGUUCUAAGGCACGUGGUAUGGGACACCUCAUUCAUAAUGUGAGUUAGGUACAAUGUCGCACCUUUAGUGGGUUGUAAGAGGUCGGGAUUGAUCCUGGGGUAGCCGUCUUGGUAACUUACUAGACACGAUUUCGGUUAUUCAAAAGCCAUCGUUCAGAGGAUUUCGGUCAGUAUAAUGAGUUGUCAGAGUUUCAAGAAGCUGACAGGCUUUGGUCGUCCAUUUGUUACGUUGUGUAACGGAGGGUCUUGCUGUGGUGGUAAUGUAUGGCUGACUAGCAUACGCAAGGUUACGACGCCUGCAGACGGUGGCUUUAUGCCAUCAAAAGUAGCGGUGGUAACAAAGACAACAAGAUACGAGUUUGAGCAGCAAAGAUACCGAUAUGCCGGACUCUCUGAGGAGGAUCUGAAACAGCUGCUUGCAUUAAAAGGAUCCAGCUACAGUGGACUUUUGGAAAGGCACAACAUCCACACAAGCAAUGUUGGACACAUCGUGGACAAUUUGCAAAAAGAGGGGAUCGAGGUUCGGGUGGUCAAGAGGGGGGAGUAUGAUAAGAAGAUCGUCCAGUGGGCAGAUGCCAUCAUCUCUGCUGGAGGGGAUGGGACCAUGCUAUUGGUAGCCAGUAAGGUUUGUGACAAGAACAAACCUGUUCUCGGUGUGAACACCGACCCAGAAAGGUCAGAGGGUCACCUAUGCUUGCCAGUGCGUUACACUCAUGCCUUCUCUGAGGCAUUACAGAAACUGCGGAGUGGUGACUUCAGGUGGCAGUGGCGUCAGCGGAUACGUCUGCACCUGGAGGGGACCGGCAUCAACCCCAUGCCUGUGGACCUGCACGAGCAGCAGCUCAGCCUGGAGCAGCACAGCCAGGCCCACCGCAUCACCACCCAGACAGACAACUGUAUUAACGAUGGCAACUUGGGGCCCCGCCUGCUUCCAGUCCGUGGCCUGAAUGAGGUCUUCAUCGGGGAGUCUCUGUCAAGCAGGGGGAAGUGUUUACCCCUCAAUCCCCAUCUCACCCUCUCGCUCCAUAGGGCUUCCUACUACGAGAUCUCCAUUGACAACGGGCCGUGGGAGAAACAGAAGAGCUCUGGCCUCAGUAUCUGCACUGGAACCGGAUCCAAAGCCUGGUCUUAUAACAUCAAUAAAUUGGCUGAGCAGGCUGUUGAGGAUGUCCUCAAAAUAGGUAGAGCCAAAACUGGCCUGGAUAUUCCUCUCUGCGAUGAUUUUAUUAGAAGUGUCACAGAAGAGUAUAACGAGCAUUUGGUCUUCAAUCCGGAGGACAGCAAGUUGUUCUUCAGCAUCAGGGAGCCCAUCGUCAACAGAGUCUUCUCCAGCAGCCGCCAGAGGGGCUUCGCCAGCAGGGUGUGUGUGCGCUCGCGCUGCUGGGACGCCUGCAUGGUGGUGGACGGAGGGACAUCAUUCGAAUUCAACGACGGCGCCAUAGCAACCAUCAGCCUGAACGAGGCAGACCAGCUGCGGACAGUCGUCCUCGCCGACUGAGCAUGUGCAAUGCCUGAAGACCAGAAAUAUGCUGAACUGUUCUUCCAACAGGGGGCGCUAGAGAAGGGUCUAUGGGCAGGAAAAGAAUCCAUUCGUCACAUGGUCUGGAUCAUAGACAUAUAUAGAUGUCUAUGGUUUGGAUGGGGAGCCUGUCAUCAAUGGAAGUCUUUUCUUCACCCCUAUGGUUUUACACUUUAGCGAAACAGAUCAUCAGUUUUGACUCCUUUUUGUGUGCCGGGAUUUUUUUUUUUUUUUUUGACUUUUUAUCACGUUGAGGUGUAUUUCCAUUGUUCAUCGGUGUGAACCGUAUUUGUGUGGGACUUUAAGGACUGUUACAGGGGUAUCGACGUGUUGGUCCUAGAGUUGUUGCCUUCUGCUCAUUGUCAAUACGUCAUCAUAAUCAAAACAGAAACUGACUGCUGCUUGCUUUCUUUUUGUUGUGGCGCCUCAGUGAAGUGCUUCAGUGGCUCAGGUUCUUUCCCCAAGAGGGUUGUCCUGGUGAGGUCACUUUGUGUUAACCUUUGGGUGCCAAAAGGCCAUACAGUCUGUAAACAGUAAACAUGCAGUACUGAAAUCUGUUCAAUUUAUUUAAUGAUUGCCAAGUGCUACUUGUGUAGAAAUUCAGCCGUUUGAAAUAUCAAUUAUAUUGCUUUAGCUAGAUUUGGGUAUAAUGAAUGAGUUUUUUUCUUCUUCUUUUCUUCCACUUGUGCCAAUGGUGUUUCCCUGUCAAUUGUGACCUUGAGGAAUCAAAUACACCUGAUGAGUUGCCGCUCCCAGAGCUUCUGGGUGUAAUCAAAACCUGCUAAUGAUCCAUAUACUUUUUAAAAUCAGUACAUACUUGCAUUGUUGUUCCAAAUCAAUACCUUCCCUUCCUGAUGUCUGGAUGUCCUACUUCUAAGACACUGCCAUGUAUAUUGUGUACGUGAUGCAAGAUUAGAACACUUUGUUUACUGAGAUUGUUACAUUAUAUAUUAAAAGGGAUGAAGUAAA